CUCCCAUUACUGCCACAACGGUACUGCCGUCUGACCAUAGAUACAAUAGAAGAUUCUGCCGAUUACCAAUUAUUGGUAUUAUUAUAGCAACGCAGUGUCGCAGUCACGUCGUAGCGCACAGACCACUACACGACCGCCGCCGCCGUCGUCGACGCUGUUUCGGUUUGUGAUUGUGACUCGACGUGUUUGUACUUUGUAUAUAAUAUUUUUCGAGCCGGAGUUUAUUUUUAUAAAUAAUAAUAGGUAUAGUUAUUUCUAAAUAUAAAACCAAUAUCCGUCUAUUUGUCGGGCAGUCCGGCAACCGACGUCGGGUAUCGGGACAAUGGGGCAUUCCGGCAUUCCGCUCAGAGUCUUCGACCGUGCCGGUACGACGUCACGUUAUAGCACUCAUAUACUAUAAAGAUGGAAAGACAAAAUAAAUUGUCGAUCGAAAUGUGGGACACCGCCAGCACCAUCCCUAAACCCGCAGACAUCACUUCAGCCAGAACCAACUCAACUGCUGCCAGCAAUAUAAAUACAAUUAACAAUUUUGCCGUCACUUCCACAACUGCUAGCAUUGUUGCCGUCACCACCACUACAGCCAGCAUUGUUUCUGUCACCACCUCCACAGCCAGUAACUUUGUUGCUGCCACUAGGACCAUGGUUUCCACCCCGGUUACCAUUGACCAUCCACGUCGAGGCCGUGGGUUCAUUCCCAGACAUGGACAUUUCCGUAAUCUUGGUGGUUUCCAAGGUUAUAGUUUUAGAGAGAUUGAGAGAAAAAUGGGUGGUUCCUCCAAUCAAAUGCUAUUGUCUCAGGUAUUACAACAUUGGAGGAAGGAUGUGCAGAAGUACUACAACCCCCCUCUUCCAGGCAAAAGGAGCCGAAAAAAACGGGGUGGCCAGUACAGCCAGGGACAAAGAGGACUUGGUGGACAUGGAAGACGUGGAGGACGAGGUGGACAAGGAGGGACAGGAGGAAUGACAAUUUAAGAUUGAAAACUCAAAAAUAUAUUGACUGUCAUGUGAAAAUAGAAUGUUAAUUUACAAAUUAAAAUGUAAAUACUUUUAAAAAUUCA